CAAAGACACACAGAGGAGCCACAAUGACCAGUGAGCAGCGAACUGUAGUGAGUGUCCGCAUGAUUGGAGUGGUUCACAGGGACAUGCCAAAACUUAAGGUGUUCAUGUUGUCUGUGAUGUGGUCUGACCACACUGAAAUGAUUAUCUACAGAUCCUUUAAGGAUUUCAAGACAUUACAUAGAGGGCUGAAGAAAAGGUUUCCUCACCUGAAUCCUUUUGACAGAAAGAACAGAGUCAUCCCUAAAUUUAGAGGUGAAGUCAGGAAGAGUAGUCGCUCAAAGAAAGGACCCAAGCAAUUUGUCCAACGCAUGAAGUUCCUCAAUAACUACUGUGAUCAGCUUCUCAAGUGUGACCAAAACGUCACACAGAGUUCAGAGGUCACACAGUUCUUCCACCCCAAAGACCAUGACCUGCAGCCAGACUUCACCAAGAACAGCAUCAUGAUCCUCCUGUCAGAUGAUCAGUCGGCUGCCGGAGGGGCAGAUGUUACCCACCAGACUGCAGGCAGCGUCACUCACCCAUUUGUCACCCAGACUUACCGCUGUGUGGCUGCUUAUGAGACAAAGGACACCAAAAAUCAUCCAUUUAAGGCUGCUCUGGAUGAGAAGCUGGAUGUCCUGAUCAAAGACCCUGCAGGUUGGUGGCUGGUGGAGAAUGAGGAGAAGCAUCUGGCUUGGUUUCCUGCUCCUUACCUGGAACUGUGGGAAGGAGAGGAAGAUGAGGAUACUGGACUCCAGCUGGGAGGAACCUUGUACUGUGCAGUGAAGAGUUACUCGACUAAGAAGGACGACGAGGUGUCUGUGGCCAUUGGCUGCGUGGUGGAGGUGCUGAGGAAGUCUGACAACGGCUGGUGGCUCAUCAGAUCCAAUGGCAAAGCAGGUUACAUACCCUCCAUGUACUUGAAACCGUACAACAACCCACGUGCAGGCCUCUACAGCCUGCAGAGAACGAUGUAUAGCUCCACCCUGAACCUGGCAACAAACAGAGAAACUCAGUCUUCAUCUCCAUCCAGCAUCAGUGAAGAAAACAGCCCACAGGAGGACUCUGACGGUCAGCCCAUGACAGAGCCCAGUGUGCCUGGACGUCUGCACAAAGCCAGGUCCCUGGAUGUUCUCUCUGAAACCUGGUCAACUGUGCCUGAGCAGGCCUCCUCCUCAUACAGCCGUGGACGCAGCAGAACCAGCACCAGCACCGAGUCCAGCUUCUCCUCAGAGGGCGAGUCUUCAUCCUCUUCAGGCGCCAAGGAGGACAAGUCAGGUCUGAGCAGACCAGGUCUUCCUGAAGCCUCAGUCUUUGUCCGACGAGACUCCGACACCAGCUCUGAGGCCUCUGGAUCUGGUAGGUCCACAGGCAGUGACACAGCUUCAGUUGCUCCCAAGGUCCCACCCAGACCCAAGACUGAGGAGAUCCUGACCCGCUGCACCACCAUGACCCGUAAGGCAGCCCUGGCCACCAGGACCCGGCUUCAGAUUCAACCAGAUUCCACCCACUCCCGCUAGACAAUUAAAAACAGACUCUGAACCCUGAAUGACAUCAGACGAAAUCAUAUUAAUGAUCUUUGUUUGGUUUAUUGAAACAUUUUAUUUUACAUUCAUCAAAAAUCCACAGAAAUGAUCAAAU